GAUUCACCUUUUGGGUUUCAUUUUAGUCAACAUAAUCGCGCCUAUACGAUAGGUAGGGCGAGCUUGUUCACUCCAAAGAGGCAGGUUCACACAAUUUUAAUACGACAUCUAUAUUUUGGCAUGAGCGCCAACGUUAAAUUCUUGAUAAAUGAAUCCGUAUCAGGGACGGGUCCUAGCACCAAAUCAGGGGAUCAUAGCAAGCCCGCGCGUACUAUUAUUCUUCCCUAUGAUAUUCUGUACAACUUGCAGGGCCGCCGGGUGACGGUACUGCUGUCCGUCCGUGGUGAGGAGCUUGAAGGCGUCUUGCGCACUGUUGGUAGCGACCGGGGUGACCUUAUGCUGGAAGAUGUGGUACAUUAUGAGUGGUUGCCCGCUCUUCCACCAGGUCAUGAUAAUCCACCCAACGAACGUGAAGACACCGAACUGAGGGGACCUUUUCGCGCAUGUCGAUUCGGUGGGGUUCGUCGUGAAGUUAGACGCUGUGCUACCGCGAUGGUUAAUAGCAAGUAUAUUGAGAUGAUAACCCCCACACUUUUUGAGGAAGAGGAAUUCUCAAGUUAGAUCACUUCAGUUUUCGCUCUUCCUUCACCUUUAAUGGAGAUGCAACGCAUCUUGUGCCUGAUAACCUUUUACAAAGGAAUGCAUGAAAAAGUAUCACACCACACUGAUGCAAAAGGAAUGUGAUUUGUCGAAUAUUUCCAUUAGCCUUGUAGGGGUUGCAGUUGUGCUUGGUCUUGUGCAUUGUAUUAGCCAUCUCAGCACACCUGAGGGACAUAUUUCUCUCAAUUUCGAUGAUAUCGAUCUCCGGAAGUGAUAUGCUAGAAAUUUUCUCCUCAUGCUCUACCCUGCCACAACGCUCCUCAUUCAGGGAAUUGGAUAUAUGAUAUAGGUAAUAGCUCUGAGUCAGUCUUUGGAUUUUAAGUCGAUCUUCUUUGGCAUUAUCUUAAACUAUGGUCUCCAUCACAGCUGGAUUUACAAAGCGUGCAUCAAACUGGGGUGAUUUAGUUAGAUCAUGACUGUGGUGUCUGUAGAAGAAUGUUUGGCUUUUCGACGGCCGUCGUUUUUACUCAGUAUUUCAUCUCGUGAUUAGUAAUCAUGAAUCAAAUGCAUCAGCUACAUUUGAACUAUAUUGUUUGUCUUCGGGAAUGCAGCUUCAUUUAAAAGAAGGCACUCGGAAGUUUGUCCCUGAUUCCUUAUUCUAUCAUAUUUUCCGUCUUAGCUUCCAUGUGCACCGAGAAAUAAACAAAAAUAUGGCAUGAAGUCCUUUCUUCUUUCGUCAUUGCUACACUUGUUUCUGUUUUUUCUUCCCUUUUUUCUCGCUUUCGUUUCUUUAAUUUGAUGAAAGCAAGAUAAUAUCAGUAACCUGAAGCGUCUUUUUUUUUCAUACUUCCUCAGGUGUUUCCACAUAUCAUAUUUUUAUGUGUCUGUUUUAACUGUUCCCUUUUUAGAAAAGUAUCACUUGUGUUGAUAGACAAAUGUCUCAUAAACUUUCCUUGUCGAUCGCGUAUUUCCUCAAAAAUAUCAUUGAGUUGGGAGUUUGCGAAAACUGUUCCUGUGCUAACGCAUAUCAGGGGCUUACCACAGAACUUCAAAAAAGGAUUUUGGAUUUUCACUAUGCUGAAGAACUACAGAAUCUGCCUAUACCGUCUUUGGUGCUGACCUCCCCUUUGAGGGGCUCUUCAGGUACUUUGGUUCACAUUGAGGGAACUGCUCCUGCGUUCUGUGAUGCCGCCCGUUGCCUCGUGAGCACAGUACAACAGAUGUCCUUGUCUCUGGCAGAUUAUGUCGACACAAUUUUUACGGUCAUCUCCGUAAACUACGGCGCGACGAUCGAUAUCCUACUAAGGAGUCUUUGUCUAGUAGAAAAAGUUCAGAAGGCAAACUUGUGUGCUUUUCAUCACUCUCUGGAGCAUCAGUUAGGGAGCACAGCAGUCAGCAAUACAAACUCACUUGCAAUAGGCUGUGCUCAAGUGUCUACACUACAGGAACCGAGCCCCUUUUUAGUUGAUGAGCUUUAUUACUCACAAAAGGACGUUUCUAGUGUACCAUCAGCACAUAUUCAUGUCGAUACUGCUUUUCCGAUGGGUUAUUCUAAUCCCUUAUCGAAAAUCGAAUGUGCUUCAAACAUAACGGUGGAUUCUAAAGCAAGCUCCCCGUGUGUGACUGCCAAAUGUUCUACCUCCUCAGAGGUGAGCUUGCUCACCGCUACGUCGUGCCCCAGUGAGAAGCCGCAGUGUAAUGAGCUUCUCGCUACCACGGUUCUCGAACCAUUCUCUCAGAUUCCCCACUCGCUGUGCUCCCUGUGCCGUAAUGGCAAUGUUUUCAGUCUGCAGUACCAUAACAUUCACACAUUUCUUGCAGCUUCCCUGUUGCUGAACCUUAAGAUCGGAGCAGCGGUGCCAUUAAAUAAGACAGCUAGUGAUACUAUCGCUGCUGAUGUUGCUCGUGUAUGUGGUUGUGAGGUUUCUCAAUUGCUAGUAGCUGAGUGGUUGAUUUGUGCGGCAUUGAACUGCAAUAUCACAGUCAGCACACAUGAAUUAGAGGGUAUUGUACGACGACUAGGAAUCGUCGAAGUGAUAGAAUAA